GCUAAGUUGUGCGGCGCUCGGUCGGGGACUUAAUUUACAGGCUGUGGAAGAGCUCCCAGAGUACGUCGAGUCCCGGAAGCGCUUUACCGGCUCGUUCAGGCACAGCACGUUUACCGGAUACUAUCGGUUCAAGAGAUUCUAAACGACUGCGAGCCGAGGAGGGAGAUAGAGAACGAUGAGCGUUGGUACUGCGGUGCUGGUACGGUAGUGGUCCUCCACGCCCCCUGGGCCCGCGACAACCGCCGACAUGCUCAUAGAAAAUGUGGAAGCCUUCAAGACGUGGCUAGCCAGGUUACUGGAUCCUAUAUGUGAGGCUGACCCCUCAGCGCUGGCAAACUAUGUUAUAGCUCUGGUAAAGAAAGACAAAUCGGAAAAGGAGUUGAAGGCCAUAUGCGCUGAUCAGCUGGAUGUUUUUCUACAGAAAGAAACAAAUGGGUUUGUGGACAAGCUGUUUGAAUGUUUGCACACCAAGAACUACCUUCCUCAGGAUGAGGUGUUCAAACCAGAGAUGAAGCAAGAAAGAGAGGAAGUCAAGGAGGACGUGCCUGAAAGAAGACACAUGGCUGUGCCGCCAAUUGCUUUGGAAAACUUUGAGGAGGAGCGCAGCGACAGAAAAAAGAAGCACCCAAGUCCCCAAAGGAACCGCUCUGAUUCUAACGAGAGAAGAACAAGAGACAAAAAGAGGGAUGAUGGGAAAUGGAGGGACUAUGAUCGGCACAGAGACAAGUACGACUGGCGGAGAGGAAGGAGCAAAAGUCCCGUUAAAAGCAAGCCUACAAACAGGAGUCGGAGCCGCAGCAGGGGAAGAAGCAGGGACCGGGAAUCUGCCAGGAGUCAGAGAGGCGCCAAAGGAAAUAUGGCACAACAGCCCGGCUCGCUAAAUCAGCAUCGCGAGAGGCAGAAGUUUGAAUGCGAAAGGAAUGAUAUGGAGUCUGUGUAUACGCCAUCUUCCCAGCCGGUGUCGAACUCAUCGGAGCCGCAGUAUUCCUCUGGUGGGCAAGCUAUCCCCAGCACUGUUACAGUCAUCGCACCUGCUCACCACCCAGAGAGCACAACAGAGAUCUGGUCUAAUUACUAUAACAACCACAACCCUCCCAACUCGUUUGCCAGAAACCCACCUCCUAAACGACGCUGCAGAGACUAUGAUGAAAGAGGGUUUUGUGUCCUUGGGGAUCUAUGCCAGUUUGAUCAUGGAAAUGAUCCCUUGGUUGUUGAUGAAGUGUCUUUGCCCAGUAUGAUUCCCUUCCCUCCUCCCCCUGGACUUCCACCCCCUGGUAUCUUGAUGCCUCCCAUCCCUGGCCCCCACAACAUGAGACUACCUGUCCCUCGACCAAUCAGCCAGCCGCCACCUCCUCCUAUUCUCCCCGCAACAAGAUUACCAUUAACACAUUCAAAUAUGCUAAAUAACCGAGAGCAGCAAGGAACCAACACUGUUCCCAGCCUUGCACCAGUAGGAGGAACAUUACCUCCUCCCUUACCUCCUCAAAACCUGCAUUACUCUGUAUCAGAACAUACGUAUGAGCCUGACGGCUACAAUCCCGAAGCCCCUAGUCUUACAAACACUGGUAGAACGGCAUACAGGCAGUUCUUUACACGGACGCAGACUCAGAGGCCAAACUUGAUUGGAUUGACCUCGGGCGAUAUGGAUACACCACCAAGAGCCGCUAAUAUUGUGAUCCAGACAGAACCUCCUCCACCAGUUCCUGCAAAUAGCAACGUCAACAGAGUGGUUGUCGAACCAGACCGAAAAAGAACUUUAGACUCUAACGACGGGCCUUAUGCAAAGAAGCAAUGGAUACAAGGCAACAACAACCACAAUAAAAUAGGAUUCGUAAAGAAGAUACAGUACACAAACACAAAACUUGAAGUCCGCAAAAUCCCUCAGGACCUGAACAAUAUUACGAAGCUGAAUGAGCACUUCAGCAAAUUUGGUACCAUUGUAAAUAUACAGGUUGCUUUUCAAGGAGACCCAGAAGGUGCUCUUAUCCAGUACUUGACCAACGAAGAAGCCAGGCGAGCGAUAUCAAGCACAGAAGCCGUUUUGAAUAACCGAUUUAUCCGGGUCCUCUGGCAUAGAGAAAACCAUGACCAGCAGACAGGACAGCACCAACAUACCCCGCACCCGGCACAAUCUGCCCAGUCAUCUCUAACGUCCGCUGGGCAAGGACACCUGGCAAAGGUGAUGUCCAAACCUCCCAACCACGGUUCUUAUGUCUUGAACAAUUUACCUGUAAAACAUCGCCUUGGACCAACAGGAAGCAGUCAGCCAGAUGCACAGUACCUGGCACCAAACCAAACUAGCUCUGGGGAGGAUAGUCAAACUUUGCCACCUUCCACCAGUCACACAAAAAUGGUUUACAGUUCUACAAAUGUAAAGUCUGCAAACAAACCUUUAACUGGCUCAAAAACCGUGGAUGUGCAAGAUACAUUCAAAAAGAAGCAGGAAGCUUUAAAACUCCAGCAAGAUAUGAGGAAGAAAAAGCAAGAAAUGUUGGAGAAACGUAUUGAGUACCAAAAGAUGUUGAUAUCAAGGCUAGAAAAAAACAAAACCAUGAAAGCAGAGGAAAGAAAUGAGAUCAUGAAAACAUUAAAGGAACUGGAUGAAAAGAUCUCUCAGGCCAAAGAUGAACUGAAGACCUUGGCUGCUCCAUCAAAAGUGAGAUCUAAAACAGAAGCACAAAAAGAGCUUUUAGAUGCAGAGAUGGACUUCCACAAAAGACUGUCCUCGGGAGAAGAUACAACAGAACUGCGGAAAAAGCUCAACCAACUACAAGUUGAAGCUGCUCGGUUAGGGAUACUUCCUACUGGCCGUGGGGGCAAGAUGUUAACCACUCAAUCCCGAGGAAGGGGACGGGGAGGACGGGGGAGAGCCCCACAAAGUCAUAUGGUUGUUGAUCACCGACCCAAAACAAUAUCAGUCACAGGAUUCUAUGAGACGGAAAAAGAAGAGUUGCUCCAACAUUUUGCUAAGUUUGGUGAAGUUGAAGACAUGAAUGAGGAAGAAUUUCCACCAAGCUUAAUUUUAACCUUCAAGACAAGGCAAGAAGCUGAAAAUGCUGCUAACCAAGGUUCAAAGUUUAAAGGACGAAAACUUCAGGUGUCCUGGCAUAAACCUAAGACGCCAUCCAUAAUAACAGAAGUUGAGGAGGAAGAACCCAAGGAAGAAGAAACGGACGCCUCCGAUCCAUUUCUUCACGAAGAUGAUGAUGAGGACGAGGAUGAAGAUGAGUCUCGCUCGUGGAGGAGAUGAGAACCAACAAAAA